GAGCUGGCCGAUCACGGAUCAGUGCCGGUGAGCUGGCCGAUCACGGAUCAGUGCCGUCGAGGCAGCAUGGCGGGUCUGCUCAGCUCACCGCCCGCGCCACCCUCCAACGCCUCAGUGAAUGCGUCAGCCGCCAAGGCCGCCUACUUGCUGGCCGUGCACGAGGUUUCGCACGGCUACGCCGUCGCCUACGUCUGCAUCGUGCUGGUCUGCUACACGAUCGGCAUGUCGGUGCUGCUUACGCGGCACUUUCGCUGGGCGGGCCAGCAGCCGCGGCUGGCCGUGCUCUACCACGCCAUCGUCAGCAGGACGGCCUCAAUCCGCCAGCGACGCGGCGACCAACUGGCGCACACAGCGCCCCAGGUGGUUGUCCACGAACCUCAAGUGUCGUCGGAGCCGCCGAGAGGCGCUAGUGUGGCUGCGCAGCUGAUCGCGCUGGCGCCCGUGCCGCCGCCGUCGCCGUUGGCCGAGCCAAGGAGGACCGCUGCCGUCCCGACCUUUCAGGAGACGGACUUCUGAGCUGGGCGAGGCGCCGGACCAGUCAGUUAUGUAGAGGUCACGGGCACGCACCCACGGCCGACAGGCCCAGCACCGAGCCGACGUCGGGGUGCUUGCAGCAGUGAAUCGACCAGCCGGGUCUUCUACGGUCCUGGCAGGUCGGCUGGUGAACGCCGCCGGAGAGUGCGGUAAAGACGUGAGUGGAGUUUUCAUCGACGACUCAGAUGAGUCGUAAACAAUCAUUUGAGCGUCUGGGUAUUCCCGACAACCUCCAGCCAAGCUGGAGGCGUCGUAUGGUUUAUUUGUGGUGCUGCAGAAGCGUUUUUGUCGUGUAUCGCAGCAUUAUUUGAGCUGGACCGCGGCUCCAGGGACGCUUGUCUGACGGGAGUGCUACGUCCCGUGCCCACUGUUGGCUGUGACGCGCCGUUCUGAUUUGGUGCGAAAGGAGCCCGACAUUUUUAAUCGUGUCGCGUGAUUUGAUCAGCAUUCUUGUGACUCACGAAGGUCGACGACCUGAUGUGUCCAAACUGGCGUCCAACUGUUUAGGUCUUACUGGUACGCUUUGUUUGGAUUCAAAGGAGGCACGGUGGAAGAUGGCUAUCCGGUGAAGGAAUGCACAUCAAUCCGCCAUGGGGCCUUCGAAUGCAAACAGGCUCUGUGUUGAAUGAACAGGCUCUGUGUUGAAUGAACAGUCUAUUAUGAGCUGGGUAUGAUUGCUGAUGCUACAUUUUCCACAAACAUAAAAACAGCGGGUCAAGACUGCAUUACAGUUUGGUAUUUGUUUGAAACUUCCUACGUUAACGAAUCAGACCAUUUCUUUAACGGCGGAUACGGGUUGCGUAGCGCGCUGUUUUCCUGUCUCAAGUGCUUGGUUUUCUCACACCCGUCAGUUUUUAAUUGCUGUGUAGUAUUGGGAAGCAUGCGUACCAAUGACAAGUGACCACUGUCGCACAUGUGCUGGAGUUUGCGUAUUACAUGAAAGGGAAAUGUUGUGCUCUCCCAUGCGGCCACGAUGUGAACAGUGCAUGUUGUACCAAUUUAUAUGUGUACGCAUUUUGUCGAAAACGAUCGUUGUCACGCCGGGACUUGUUUGGCCGGGACUUGUCACGCCGGGACUUGUUUGGCCGGGACUUGUCACGCCGGGACUUGUUUGGCCGGGACUUGUCACGCCGGGACUUGUCGAAGUCGCCGUCUUCUGCCGGCCAGUGGCCUGUUGGUGGAGCUUUGACAUGCAUCUUAGAUCAACUACAUCUACUCUUGUGAAGCGAGAAUCGGCAUCAGGAACUGGCUGCUGUUCCGUGCGGCGUGCUAUUUUGCAGUUAAAGAACAGUCUGGUCCGUUUAACUGUUCAGAACAGAACAGCCACAGAACUGUCGUAUUGCCUAGUAGUCGAGAAAUCUA